GUGUGGUGGUGGCCCCCACGUAGCUCCGCCCAUGUAUCUCAGCCUUUUUAUACACUGGCAGCGUGAAAUUCGGACACUUGAUGCAAGUUAGUGGAAUGUCGGCCUCAAGUGACCCUUUAAGAGUACAGGUGUCUUCCCUGAAGGGAAAAGUGACCCUGAUCACAGGUGCCAGCUCGGGUAUCGGUGCAGGUACGGCCGUCCUGUUUGCGAAACUGGGAGCUGUCCUGGCUCUCAAUGGCAGAGAUGUGGAGAAUCUGACGAAAGUGGCCAAAGAGUGCACAGAGCGUGGUGGCGGGACUCAGCAUCUGCUUGUGCCCGGCGACCUUACAGACGAGGACACAGUGAAGAAGACGGUGGAGGAAGUCAUCGCGCGCUUCGGCCGGCUGGACGUCCUGGUGAACAACGCCGGCAUCCUGGCAAUAGGCGGCAUCGAGAGGUCAGACCUGGCGACGUACGACAGGGUCAUGAACAUUAAUGUCAGAUCUGUCUACCAAUUGACCCAACUCUGUGUGCCUCACCUGAUCAAGACCAAAGGCUGCAUUGUCAACGUAUCCAGCAUCGCUGGACUCAGAUCGUACCCUGACAACCUGGCCUAUUGUAUGUCCAAGUCUGCCCUUGACCAAUUCACUCGCUGUGUAGCUCUGGAACUGGCACCAAAGCAAGUUAGAGUCAACUCUGUGUGCCCUGGUGUGAUCGUCACAGACGUUUUCAAGAGAGCAGGAAUGAGUGUGAAGGAGACUGCUAUGUUCCUUGAAAAGUCCAAGCAGACUCACGCACUUGGCCGACCGGGUGAAGUGGACGAGGUGGCGCACAGCAUCGCCUUCCUGGCAUCGGACGCUGCUAGUUUCAUUACUGGAGUCAACCUCCCCAUCGACGGGGGCCGCCAUGCUAUGAGUCCAAGAGAAAUCUAACCAUGUCAGUUUAUAAUCAGAUAUAGUCGUGCAUUUGGGAUUGUGCAUUAUAAAUGAUCAAUUCAAUUCUGUAGGGGUACCUAAUGUUUUGGAAAGCGUGAUUAUUGUAUAUGGAUGACUGUGAGAAGAAUGUUCAGGUAUUUUUUUUCUUUAUUCUUAAAGCAUCAUUUCGUUUUUUCAUAUCAAAUGAUAUUUAAUUGUAAUCAUGCUGCACAUCUAGUUAAUAUAAUAAUAAUAA